CGGCGGGGGAUGGUGGAGAGCUGCCGGGCGUGUCCCCGCCGGUCCGGCCGCGGGGCUUGGGAGCGAGGCCGGGGCAUGGUGCGGCGGCGGCGCCGGUAGCCCCGCGCAAGGGCCGCCGCCGCCGCUGCUGCUGCUGCUGCUGCCAUGAGCGGCGGGAAGAAGAAGAGCGGCUUCCAGAUCACCAGCGUCACCUCCGACUACCAGGCCAGCCCCAAGGAGCCGCCGCGGCCGGGGGAGGCGAGGGGGCCCGCGGGGCCCGACCCGGGCGAGGCAGGCGCAGCGGGGGACGCCCGGCGGGCGCAGGAGGACGCGGCGGUGGCGCCCAGGAACGGGCCCUCGGCGCCGGGCUCCCCGGGGGCGCCCCCCUCUGUCCCGGGCCCCGGGGGCGCGGCCGGCUCUCGCUUCCGGGUGGUCAAGCUGGCCCAGGGCUCCGGGGAGCCGUACAAGCGCGGCCGCUGGACCUGCCGGGACUUCUACGAGCAGGAGGCGGAGGCGCCCGUGGCGGCGCGGCUGGCGGACCCGGCGCGGCACCCGCAGUCCCUCGACUCCCGCCUGGAAGCGGCCGGCCUGCCGCCCAAGCCCCCCAGCCUCUACAGCCCGCAGCCGCAGCGCCGGGGGGGCUACCUGGCCUCCCAGCUGGCCCUGCCCGCCCCCGGGCCCUCUGGCCACCAGGCGCGCUCCCUGGGCGGGGGGCUGCCUCUGCUGGGCCACCCCAGCAGGACUCCGCUGCCCAGCCCCGGCGCCGCCCUGCGCAGCCCCCUGGCCGUGCUCGAGCCGCGCCUGCCGGCCUCCGGGGACAGCGCCAAAGAAGCGGGCGACUGGAGCCCGCCCGGCACCGUCCCGGCCCUGGUGGUGGAGGAGCACUCGCUGCCCAAGAGCGUGGCGGCGCACCUGAUCCACAGGGAGGCCGAGGAGCGGUGUAAGGUUCUGCCCAGAGAGUCCCGCUCGCGGCCCUCGUCUCCGGCACCCCCGCUCCUCCGAGAUGCCAGCCCAGGCCGGAGGACCUCAGACCCUUUCUGUGCUGCCCGCUUCAGCCUGGCACGGUCCAUGUUUGGCAUGGGGGUUGCCCACGACAGUGAGAAUGACAGUGGAACGAACAGCAGCAUGAUCGCCAUAGACAACAAGAUUGAGCAAGCCAUGGACCUGGUGAAGAGCCACUUGAUGUUCGCUGUGCGGGAGGAGGUGGAGGUGCUUCGGGAACAGAUCAAGGAGCUGUCUGAGCGCAACGCCCUGUUGGAGCAGGAGAACGCCCUCCUGCGCUCCCUGGCCAGCACCGAACAGCUCUCGCGCUUCCAGGCUCAGCUUCACGCCACCACUGUGGCCAAACCCCCGCCUAGUGGUACCACAUGACCCUGCAGCUACCAGGAGGGGGUGUGAUUGAUUCUGCAACAGGGGUGGGGGAGUGAGUGAAAGUGCAGACCAUGAUUCUCACCAUGAAUAAUAUGAAUGGGGUGGGCAGAGUACAGCGGGAGAGCGUAUGUGUGAGUGAGAGUGCGAAGCCAGCCUUUGGGGGAGAGAGAAAGGGGAGUGACUAACACAGCAUGUGCCUUUAGGGGGUAGAAUCAGGGCUUCUUGGUUUUGCCCCCCAGCUCUGGGGAGGGAGUGGGACCUUUUGCCAAAGACAUGAUGGAUGGUUGGGGGUGGAGCGGGGGCCUGUUCAGGUCUCCCGCUAACUGGAUUGAUCCUCAAGAGCCCCAAAGUGGCCAGAUCUCUCCCUCCAACCCCCCCCCCCCCAACUGGGGCAGUCAUGUCACUGAAAUGGAGUAGGGCUGGGGCUCCACAGGGCCUCGCGCACUAUGGGAAGGCAAGGGGAGUGCAGGCUGGGGGUAGACAGAGGGGGCACUAAUUUUAUAUUGUACACUUUUUCAGUAUUUCAGGUUAUUAAAGUGCAGAAUUGCUCCUGUC